GCUAGGGCUGUUCCGUCGUAACACGCAUAGAUCGUCGGAUUGUGGCACCAACGUGUUUCCUCGGUCUGCCUCCUGGUCUAAUACGUUUACUCAAGCUAGAGAAAUAGAGAAGGAGAAGGAGGGUACGUGUGCGCGCGUGUGGCCAAGCCGUUUCCAGCCAAUUAUUAUCCAAUCCAAAGGUACGACGGGAGCCUCCCCACGAGGGGUGCGACCAGUCGCCGUAAAGCGGCCCGGAAUUGAAGCGCCACGAUUAUUGCAAGAUCAUGACGCUUUAAUGGAACAUGACUUCUGUUCUCCCCGCACCGAUCAUAGACAUCAACUCAUCCGCCUUGCCUUUCGCGCGAUCGAGCCCAAUCAUGACCGAGGUCCAGGAACCGACGCCGCCCCAGAACCCUCACCAGGAGGACGAUCCGCAGCGAGGUCGUCGUCGAAGUCGUUCUAUCGACAAAGAUCUCGAUGGCAAUGACAGCGACCAGGCCGGCGAUGGUGACACGAAGAAUGGAAAUUCGUCAAACUCGGAUGGUCCCGUGAGGAAGCGGAGGAGGAGUCGCAAGGGUCUGGAUAAGAAAUUCGAGUGCCCUACUGAAGGUUGUGGCAAGAGUUAUUCGAGAGCCGAGCACCUCUACCGACAUCAAUUGAAUCAUUCCCCGAAACAGAUCUACAGAUGCGACUUUCAGGAUUGCAAGCGCCAGUUCGUCCGACUCGAUUUGUGCAACCGUCAUAAAGACCGCCACACUGCAAAAGGGUCUGCGCUAAACAGAAAAGAUUCUUUGAUCAGCCAGACCUCUCCCGUCGACAACGUAAGAGCUCCGUACCCUACGCCUAGUGCCGUUUCUCCCGAUUCCGAUAGGCUUGGUCCAAGCCCUUACACUCAAGGACGCGGAGCUCACUAUGAAUACCAGUCACCAAAAGAUUCCAUCGGCACACCUUAUACCCCGAUAGCAAACACGCCGCCUGCAGCUUUUUCUCACGGCGGCCCCCCAAAUGGCGUUGAUGGCUAUAUUCACCAAGAUUCAGCUUAUGCCGCUUCCCAUAAUGCGCGGCUCCCGCAUCAUUCUCCCUCUGGUCCUCCACGGCCUUCAGUUCAUGCUAAUGUAGGUGCUCCUUACGGGGUAUUAUCGCCGGUUUCGACGCAGCAUGGUAAUUAUCAUGGCCAACUUACCAGCACCCCGCAAUCUGCCUCGACAAUACCGUACGUCACUCAACAAAACCUGACGCCCUUCACCUUACCUCCCUCGGAUUUCUCCACGUCCGCCAGCAUACCCAGAGAACCUGGACAAGCUUACGCGCCGCAAAAUUCUAAUGAUUAUAAUGACCAUUCCCAUUCCCAGUCAAACGGUGAGAUGGUCUUGUUAGAUCAGAUGGCAACGCAAACUACACUGCCAGUUUUUGGUAGUGACGGCGUUUUAAAUAAAUCGCCAUAUGUUGCCAUUCCGGAAGACUUCUUCGCCUAUCUGUUUAACACUAAUGACCCCAACGGUUCACCUCAAGUAGGCCAUGUGAUGCAACAAAAUCAAUACGCGAAUUAUGUAGAGCAACAAUACGGCAGCAUGUCGUAUUACGGAGCUGAUAGCGCGGCUCUCGGAUACUUCCCACCAUCUAAUCAACAGGUCAUGGCGGUCACAAAUCUGCUCGACCCGAAUCUCCCAGAAUCUCUCUUAUCUGAAGAAAAGAGCCAGGAAAUUUUCGACUUUAUUAAGGAAAGGUUUCACGAGAACGACCAUGCGCCGGUCGAACGGCAGCGCGAAAGUAUUCUGGAUGGCGAUAGAAGUGAUGAGAAUCAUAUGCUGAGCCGGAAGAUGAUGCAGCAGUAUAUAGGUUCCUACUGGGUUCACUUCAGCGAUCAGAUACCCAUCCUUCAUAAACCGACAUUCUCGCCAGAUAAGACACCAAAUUUGUUGCUAAUCGCCGUGAUGGCAAUAGGUGCUGCUUGUUUGGAUAGGACGCAUGGCCCGAAAGUUAUCAGAGCUGGAUCCCAACUAUCCAACUUUCUAGCGUGGCACCUGAGGUGGGAAAUUUUCAUGGACGUUAACUGCCGGCCGCCAGCGAAAAUCUGGGCUUUCCAGACAUUACUUCUGUUGGAACUUUACGAGAAAAUGUAUUCGACGAGGGAGCUUCACGAACGUGCGCAUAUCCACCACGCGACUACGAUUACGCUCAUGCGAAGAGGGAGGUCACUAAUAGGGAAGUCUGCUCUUGAUUCGCCGCCAAACCCACGAGACGAGAAAGCGAAUAGUUCUCGACAUUCUUCUACGUCAGGACUUGCGCAUACACCAGAUGAAUGGUGGAACCACUGGAUUACGAAUGAGACGACACGACGUGCCGCAUUUGCAGCGUUUCUUAUCGAUUCGAUUCAUGCUACGAUGUUUGGCCAUUCAACUGUGAUGGUAGCGCAUGAAAUGCGCUUGCCCCUCCCGUGUGAUGAUUCGUUAUGGAAGGCCACGAGCGGGGCCGAAGUUGGUAGGAUAGAGGCAAAUCUUAUGUCUAAUGGGAUCAAACCUAUCUCAUUCCUCGAAGGGCUCAAGCGAACCCUCGCUGGGCAAGAAGUUCAGACGAAUCCUUUUGGCCGACAGAUCCUUAUGGCGGGCUUAUUAAGUGUCAGUUGGCAUAUGAACCAACGGGAUCUCCAAGUGAGCUCGCUCGGUGGCGGCGUCCAGCAAGCUCUUGGCGGCCGAGACAAAUGGCGGUCAACGCUCACGAAAGCGUUUGACUCGUGGAAGACGGACUUCGACAAGUCACUGCAACGCGCCGAUACGAUGGUCGACCCGUAUAGCUACGACAAGAGAAGUGAAGCCAACGUGGUAUUCGAAAGUCGAACCGUGUUACACCAUCUGGCACACAUGGCGAUGCAUGUAGAUAUUGUCGACUGCCAGAUUUUUGCCCGAGCAAAACGAUUACUUGGUAGGGCUAUUGGAUCACAGGAUCUAAGCAGCGCGCAGCGCAGGAUGAAAGAUCUCUGGGCGCCUUCAGCGAAAGCUCGCGAUGCCACGUUUUAUGCAGCCAAGUUCCUAUGCUCGGUAUUGCUUCACGAAAGCAUGACCCCGUCAACGGAUGAGUAUAACCGUCAGGCGGGAGUUAUCACGUAUCUAGCCAGAGACGACGUUUUGUUGAACCGACCUUGGGUACUCUACUUUGCAGCCUUAGUCGUGUGGUGCUAUGGCUUCGCGCUAGAGGGUCCUUGUUCUGGAGUUCCGAUACCGACUAAUCCACACGAGAAAAUGAGCCAGAUGCGCGAGUACCUGUUGAGAGUUGGGUCGGUCUCAUCGCCGGAAGAUCUGAAAGGCAUGAGAGGCGUUAACAACAACAGCGCUCUUCUCGUGGUCCUUAAAGACUCGUUCGAGUCAACGCGAUGGGAGCUGCUACACGAGGGAGCGACGUUACUAAGCAAUUGCAUUCAGCUCAACAGCGGCGCAAGCGUGGUUUAGCGCAGCAAAUUACAAAUAAAACGAAUAAUUAUGGAACAUGUGGAAGUACGAUGAAUGAGAAUCCGAGCAUGAAGUCGAUGUAUGAGGGCCGAGGAAUGGAUUUACGGACAAGCGACAUCGAAAUUUUUCUUGAUUAUAUCUACCAGAGUACUAUCUACCAAGGGGAGUCUGGAACCUUGACAUUUUUUACUAUUGUAACUACAUAAAACCCGCGAUCUCGCUAUAUACCCAAAACGACGCAACGCUGUCACACGACAACACCCACACAUAUUG